AUGGUCAAGCUGCUGACGCCCGGAUUUCCCAUGCGGCGGCCCUCCGGCCUCGUGCGGUACGGUGUCUUAGCGGCCAUCUUCCUGCUGGCCUUGUACACCCUCAGCCCCAGCUCGCCAGAUACUUCCCGUCUGCCGCCCUCAUUUGACCAGACCGCGCCAAACCGCCCGCCGUCGAAUCCUGCGCCAAACUACAAUGGCCCUGCGCCGCCCAUCCAAGAUGCCUUCCCCAUCGGCGCUCCUCCCACCAGCGGCGGCCACCCCAUUGACAAGCUGGUCUAUGAUGCCCAGAUGACCUUUGCUGAACUCCUUUCGAAGGAAUCCAGAACCGUUGGAGAGGCUGCCAAGGCCUAUCGCAAGCGCCGUGGCCGCCACCCGCCGCCCGGCUUCGAGAAGUGGUACGAGUUUGCUCGCUCCAAGAACGCAAUCAUCGUCGAGGAUUUCUUUGAUCGAAUCUACCAAGACCUCCAGCCCUUUUGGGGCCUCGACCCUGCCGUUAUCCGCAAGGAGUCGUGGGACUUUGAAAUGACAAUCAACAUCCGAGACGGCAAUGCCACCGCUCGAAGCGACUUUUUCUGGACCAAGAUUUGGCUCAAAAUGAUCAAGACAAUCGACCACUUGUUGCCUGACAUGGAUAUCGCGCUGAAUGCCAUGGAUGAGCCCCGCCUGGUUGUUCCCUGGGAGGACAUGGCCGGCUAUAUGAAGAACGCUUCCAAGACGGUCAAGAUUCCCAAGUCCAAAGACGUCAUUCGCGAAUUCCAGCAGCUGCCUCGCCCCGGCACUGGUGACCCCGACGUCAAAACGCGCAGCAAGAACUGGGAAAAAACACAACCUUACUGGGCUAUUGCUCGACGUGGCUGUGCUCCCGAUAGUGCUUCCCAGGUGGAGGGCCUCGUAAAAACUGCCGAUAAGACGCCUUCGAUCAAUUUGACAUACGCCGAACCCCACAUGUACAAGGGUUUCGUCUCCAACUUUACACUGUCUACGGAGAUUUGCCAUCAGCCAGACCUGCAGGCCUUGGAGGGCAUCUUUAUCGAGCCGCUUUCUACAUCAGCCUCCAAGGUCUUGUUCCCCAUGUUUGGUGGCUCCAAGCUGGGAGUCAACAACGAAAUCCUGCUACCGGCUCCCAUGUACUGGAAUGAGGAAGAGCGCUUCACUGGCGGCGAUAACCAUGGUGUUGAAUGGGCGGAGAAACAAAACAAGGCCAUCUGGCGCGGUGUCGCAACAGGAGGCAAGAAUACGCCACACAAUUGGCGAGGCUUCCAGCGCCAUCGAUUUGUCGCCAUGAACAACGGCACGACAGUUGCACGUGUCGAGAGGGGAGAGAAGGCAGACAAUUUUGCGUUGCCAGGCGAGGAUUACAACUUGCAAGCGCAAAAGGACCGCAAGCUGGGCGCAUGGAUUAACCAGUGGUCCAACGUCAGCUUCACGGAUCUUAGCUGCUCACCACCGCAGAACGGUAAAUGCAACUACACUGGCCACUACUAUAAGCCAACCAAGGGAAUUAAAUUGGCCGAACAGUUCAACUCAAAGUACAUCCCGGAUAUUGACGGAAAUUCCUUCUCUGGCCGCUAUCUUGGUUUCUUGCGAUCUACUUCUCUCCCCAUCAAAGCCACCAUCUGGCAUGAGUGGCACGACAGCCGUCUGGUUGCAUGGAAGCACUUUGUUCCCAUGGACAGCCGUUUCCUCGAUUACUAUGGCAUCAUGGAGUACUUCCUCGGCUACGAGGGGCGCAACGGCCACGACCGAGUGGCAGAAAAGAUUGCUACUGAAGGCAAGGAGUGGGCUGAUCUAGUACUGCGCAAAGAGGACAUGCAGGUCUACGUGUUGAGGCUGCUGUUUGAGUAUGCUCGCCUGCUUGACGACAAGAGAGAGAGUCUGGGAUGGGUUGAUGACAUCCUUCAAGAUCCUUCAUUGGAGAAGACAUGGAAAUGGUGGUGGUAAUGAUUUCUUCCUUCUCUUCUCUCUCCGCCACCUCUUCCCCUUUCUCUCCUCCUCUUUCUCUCUUCCUCUACUUCUUUUCUCCCUAUUCUUCUUGUACCCCCCGUUUCAUUCUCAUUUUCCCCCAUUUUUUUUCUCUCGCGAUAAUCGAGUGUGAUGAUGCAUGAGUUGGAACAGUUCAGGAUUGGAUAGGCCUGCGGCGUUUGGCGUGGAAGUCGUAUUUACGCUUCUCCAUAUCGGCAAAUAAAUCAUAGUGAAAGGUCUGCUUGUGACGAAAACUGGCAGACGACAGGCGAUUUGAAAAAUUGAUACCUGGUAAAAAG